CUGAGAGGGCGGGUUCUUCCGGGUUGCGGUAUAAACCCGAGGCCUGCGCGUGUGCUUGGAACGUCUGUUCUCCUUCCUCUCCGGGUUUGUUCGCUGUAAAGAAUGGCCGAGAAUGACGCCGAUAACGAGCUGUUGGACUACGAAGAGGAUGAUGAGCCUCAGGGAGCACCGGAGAGCGUCACCCCGGCUAGCAAGAAGGAGGUGAAGGGUUCCUACGUGUCCAUCCACAGCUCUGGGUUCAGGGACUUCCUGCUGAAGCCUGAGCUCCUGAGGGCCAUUGUGGACUGUGGGUUCGAGCAUCCAUCUGAAGUGCAGCACGAGUGUAUCCCACAGGCCAUCCUGGGCAUGGACAUCUUGUGCCAGGCGAAAUCGGGUAUGGGGAAGACGGCGGUGUUUGUUUUGGCCACGCUGCAGCAGAUCGAACCCGUGGACGGACAGGUGUCGGUGCUGGUUAUGUGUCACACGCGUGAGCUGGCCUUCCAGAUCAGCAAAGAGUACGAGCGCUUCUCCAAGUACAUGCCCACGGUAAAGGCGGCUGUGUUCUUUGGUGGGCUGCCCAUCAAGAAGGACGAGGAGGUGCUGAAGAAGAACUGCCCACACAUCGUGGUGGGGACGCCGGGUCGCAUCCUCGCCCUCAUCCGCGGCAAGAUGCUAAGUCUGAAAAACGUCAAACACUUUGUCCUGGACGAGUGCGACAAGAUGCUGGAGCAGCUUGACAUGAGGAGCGAUGUGCAGGACAUCUUCAGACUCACCCCUCAUGAGAAACAGUGUAUGAUGUUCAGCGCCACCCUGAGUAAAGAGAUCCGGCCGGUCUGUCGCAAGUUCAUGCAGGACCCGAUGGAGGUGUUUGUGGAUGACGAGACGAAGCUGACGCUGCACGGCCUGCAGCAAUACUAUUGCAAACUUAAGGACAGCGAGAAAAACCGUAAGCUUUUCGACCUGCUCGACGUCCUCGAGUUCAACCAGGUGGUGAUCUUUGUGAAGUCUGUGCAGCGCUGUGUGGCGCUCUCUCAGCUGCUGGUGGAGCAGAACUUCCCAGCUAUCGCCAUCCACAGAGGCAUGGCUCAGGAGGAGAGGUUGUCACGCUACCAGCAGUUUAAGGACUUCCAGAGGAGGAUUCUGGUGGCCACGAAUCUGUUCGGCAGAGGGAUGGACAUCGAAAGGGUCAACAUCGUCUUUAACUACGACAUGCCUGAGGACUCGGACACAUACCUGCACAGGGUUGCCCGUGCUGGGCGUUUCGGCACUAAAGGUCUGGCCGUAACCUUUGUGUCUGACGAGACGGACGCCAAGACGCUGAACGACGUGCAGGACCGGUUUGAGGUCAAUGUGGCCGAACUACCAGAAGAAAUCGACAUCUCCACUUACAUCGAGCAGUCCAGAUGAGUGGCCGCGUUGCUCAAUGCCGUGCCUGAGGACCACCAGCUUGCAGACGUCCCCGUGGUCACGCUGUCGUCACCUGGCUGCUGGACGAGACGUCUCCGGUGCAUGCUCUCGGGUUUAAAGUCCUGCACCACCACACGUCCUUUUUAACUUUUUACUGUUUCUCUUUCGGGCUGGGAGGAAGGGAGGGAAGGAAAAGAUGUCUGCUUUUGUUUUGUUUAUUUUUGUCCCAAUUUUUUUUUUUUUUUUUAAAGGAAUUAAAACUUUUUAUACCGUUACCUUAAAUCGUGUUGCUGUUUAACUGCCCUGUUAAUGCAUUCAUCAUGAUGUUUUAGUGAUUUAAUGAAGACCAAUGACUACUUUUUAUGGUUCAGAUCUUAAUCCCGGUGACUUUCAAACUUAAAAAAAAAUUUUUUUUGGCUGUAAAUUUAGCAAUGGGUGAAAAUAAACAUCAUUUGGAGAAA